CUCUUUGCUCUCCGUAGCCGCUUCCUGCAGCAGGUUGCUACAUGUGUUGUUGUUGCAGUAAUGCUAACCUUCACUAGCUGGAGUCUGUUUAUGUUUUAUAUCCGGUGACAGCAGAUUAUAACACAACAUCUUCAUCAGGUGACUCCUCUUCAUCACUCGUAGAGAUGGCAGGCCACGCCCCCUCUGUUGCCAUGGAGGCGGUCCUCAUGCCCAGCUGUGAGCUGCCGGACGACAUGCCCAAGAUCAAAGGCUACGACUUCAACCAGGGAGUCGACCUGGAGGCCGUCCUCAAGUCCUACAUCACCACGGGCUUCCAGGCCAGCAGCCUGGGGCUGGCCGUCCAGGAGAUCAACGUCAUGAUAGAGAAGCGUCUGGAGGUGGUGAAGGAGGAAGAAGGAAAAGAAUCUAAAGAUUGUGAUGAACAUCGCAGUAAGUCUGGCUGCACCAUCUUCCUGGGCUACACCUCCAACCUGAUCAGCUCCGGAGUCAGAGAGAGCAUCCGCUACCUGGUCCAGCACAAAAUGGUGGAUGUGAUAGUAACUACAGCUGGAGGCAUCGAGGAGGAUUUCAUCAAGUGUCUGGCUCACACCUACCUGGGAGAGUUCAACCUGUCUGGCAAGGCGCUCCGCCUGAAAGGCAUCAACAGGAUCGGGAACCUGUUGGUGCCUAAUGAUAACUACUGUAAGUUUGAAGACUGGCUGAUGCCGAUCCUGGACCAGAUGCUGCUGGAGCAGAACACAGAGGGAACCCGUUGGACUCCCUCCAAGAUGAUCCAUCGACUCGGCAAAGAGAUCAACAACCCUGAGUCUGUCUACUACUGGGCCUACAAGAACGACAUCCCAGUGUUCAGCCCGGCUCUGACUGAUGGCUCUCUGGGCGACAUGCUCUACUUCCACUCCUUUAAGAACCCCGGGCUGGUUCUGGACAUAGUGGAAGAUAUCCGCAGGAUGAACAGCCAGGCGGUGUUCGCCAAGAGGACGGGGAUGAUCAUCCUGGGAGGAGGGCUGGUCAAACACCACAUCUGUAACGCUAACCUCAUGAGGAACGGGGCGGACCACGCCGUCUUCGUCAACACGGGUCAGGAGUUCGACGGCUCCGACUCGGGGGCCCGACCUGAUGAGGCCGUGUCCUGGGGCAAGAUCAGGACCGACGCCAAACCUGUCAAGGUGUAUGCAGACGCCUCGCUGGUCUUCCCUCUCAUCGUGGCUCAGACCUUCGCUCUCCACAAAGACAAGCUGACGGCCGGCAAGACAACAGAUUGAAUGGUUUCUCCUUUAAAUACUGUUAGAAUAAAACCAGUUUGUUCUUUUGGUUCUUCUGUUGUUGGGGGUUAGCUGCAGAUUUACAGCUGCAGGAAAAAGUCUGUGAACCUCUGAAAUCACCUGGUUUUCUGCAUUCAUUUGUCUUAAAACGUGAUCUUAUUUGCAUUUACUUUUUCUACCAUCACUUUGAAUGUUUUAUAUUAAUAAUAAUAACUUUAUUUAUAUAGCACCUUUCAAAAACGAGUUACAAGGUGCUGUACAACAGAAAUAAAACAUAUAACAUAAUAAAUAUAAUUAACUGACAACAACAAAAUAAAACCACAAGAAGGAAUGACAUUGUACUUAAAAAUAAAUACAAUUAAAAUUUAAAAUCACCAAUCACAACAAGGUAAUCAUACAACGAUAAUGAAAGGGAAUUAAGAGAAGGCCUGUAGAACCUGAUAAUGUCAUAAAUUCCUGACAAUUUAAUAAAAAUCUGCGCUUGAGUCCAUUGAAAAUGUAAUAAAACCUGAUAAUGUAAUAAAGUACAUCUCCCAAUAAUGUAAUACACUUUUUUUAUUUAUUACAUUAUUGGGAAUUUAUUACAUUAUCAGGUUCUACAAGGCCAAUCGAUAAAAGUGAGUCUUUAGAAGAGAUUUAAAAGAAGCCACUGAGAUCUCCAGACAGGAGGUUCCACAGCUGUGGAUGUGUUCAAUAAAAACAUUAAAUAUUAUAAUUGUUUGUGUGUUUUUAGGUUGAGCAAGUUGUUUUUGUCUUUACUUGAGACUUAGAUGUAGAUCAGACCACAUUUUAUGACAAAUUAAUGCAGAAAACUAGAUAAUUUCAGAGGGUUUACAUACUUUUUCUUGCAGCUGUAUUAAAUAUGGGUAACUUAAAGAAGCAGCGUUACUUUAUUAAAUGCUGCAGUUGAUAAAAACCUUAUUAAAUAGCGGUCAGUGGUCAGGGUUUCCUGUCUUAAAGGGAUCAUUUAGUUUUAUUUUUUAAGUGGGUUGUGUGAGGCUCUUAUCCAUCAGUGCAGCAACACUUAUUUUAAUCACACUGUAACAGAAAAAUCUUUGUAAUUUACAGUAAAAUCCAGUUUCAGCUUUGGUUGCUAGAACUUCACUGUAAAAAAUACAGUGUGAAUUAUUAUUAUCAGACAUUACGGUACACUUUUGCUGUACGGUGAAAAGUUGUUGUUUUUUUGUUGUUUUUUUUACUGUGAAGUGAAAUCAGCAAAAUGUGUAAUUUAGACUGAAUAAUUCAGUGCUUGUGACA